AAUAAGGCAACCUAUAGGAAAGAAACGUCAUCAUCAUAAAUAAUCCUUUUUAAAAAUAUAGGGAUAAAACCACAUGGAAAGAAAGUAGACCAAGUGAAUUUACAAUGGGAAAAGUGAAAAGGUUAAAGCCCUCACAAGUGGGCAAGAAUAUAGCCCUUGCCGACCAAAUUGAGGCAGUUACCUCUGUUAAAAGCAAGAACAGAAACAAGGAAAGAAACAGACACGAUGAUGAUGAAGAUUUCGUUAACCCAGAGCUUUCGAAGAAGAUCUUAGAAGUGGCUAGAAGGCAGCAGGCUGAACUAGAUAUAGGUGAAAGUGGGCCCUCCAUGGGUAAUAAAGUACAGCUCCCAACUAAACUUAAAGAUGCAGACUCAGAUGAUGAUACAGGCUCAGAUCAUGAUGAUUUAGAACCAGACACAUAUUAUGAUAAUAUUGUUAUUAAUGAAAAAGAUGAAGAGGCACUACAAAGGUUCAUGUCAGACAAGCCAGAAAGAACUCGGACACUGGCUGAUAUCAUCAAGGAAAAGAUUACAGACAAGCAUACUGAACUUCAAACUCAGUUUUCUGAUGCAGAGACAUUAAAACUUCAAAAUAUAGACCCAAGAAUCAAGACGAUGUAUGAGGGCGUAAGAGAUGUUCUUAAAAAAUAUCGUUCCGGGAAGCUGCCGAAGGCUUUCAAAAUGAUACCACAUCUUCAAAAUUGGGAACAAAUACUAUAUCUAACUGAGCCUACUACUUGGUCUGCUGCUGCUAUGUAUCAGGCAACUAGAAUAUUCGCCUCUAAUCUGAAGGAGAAAAUGGCGCAACGGUUUUACAAUCUUGUGCUGCUGCCGCGUGUACGCGACGACUUGCAAGAGUACAAACGUCUGAACUUCCAUCUUUACCAAGCUCUCCGAAAAUCACUCUUCAAGCCAGGUGCAUUUAUGAAGGGCAUAUUACUGCCCCUUCUGGAGGCUGGUGACUGCACACUGCGUGAAGCUAUCAUUGUGGGUUCCGUGCUAGCGAGGAAUUCGGUGCCCGUUCUUCAUUCCAGUGCUGCACUUUUGAAAAUUGCUGAGAUGGAUUACACUGGUGCUAAUUCUAUCUUUCUGCGCAUUUUGUUUGACAAGAAAUAUGCGCUCCCAUACAGAGUCGUAGACUCGGUAGUGUUUCAUUUUCUCAGGUUUCAGAUGGAUCAUCGCACAUUGCCUGUCCUGUGGCACCAGGCUUUGCUGACAUUUGUUCAACGCUACAAGUCUGAUAUCUCUACAGAACAGAGAGAUGCUCUCCUAGAACUACUACGAAAACACUCUCAUCCCAACAUUACUUCUGAAAUCCGAAGGGAACUUCAAGCAGCACAAUGCAGAGAUAUUGAAGUCAAUGAGAAUACUGCCGCGGGUUCAAUGUUAGUUGAGUAGAGAUAAUUUAUGGUUUACAAAUAAAGUUAUACAACA